GUCUCGUUUUUUAAGAGCUGCGUCACAUGCAUGCCGUUCCCGGGCACGCUCCCUGCCCCUCGCCGCGCGGCGCACGCACGUCGUCGCUCGCGGCGCGCUCGCCCGGGUCACUUUGACACGGCUCUCCCCUCCCACUAGCAGGACAAUUAGCAUAUUAAUAAAGCCCGGCCCAGCCCGACUAGGGCCGGGGAGCCGGCGCCGGCGAGAGGGAGAGGCCGCGCGAGCGGGAGCGAGCGCGAGGGCGGCGACGGCGAGGGCGGCGGGAGCGCACAGACACGCACACGCACACGCGCACACACGGACACACACUCCGGGGACGCACACCCGCGCGUACACACGCUGAGGCAGCUCGCCUUCCUGCCUGGCUUCCUUCCUGUCUGCUCCGCGCCUGACAGGCCCCUCGCUGCAGGCAGGGGCCGCCCGCACCGGGCAGAGGCCGGGCCGGGCCGGCGGCGAGGGCAUCGGGGGCCGCGGGUGGCGGCAGCGGCUCAUGCCCGGCCUGUCCCUGCGAGGGGCGGGCACCGUGACUCGGCUGGGCCCCCAGCGGCGGGCGAUGUGAAGAUGUCAGUGGGCUGUGCCUGUCCUGGUUGUUCCUCAAAGUCAUUCAAGCUGUACUCGCCGAAGGAGCCCCCGAACGGCAACGCCUUCCCUCCCUUUCAUCCCGGCACCAUGCUGGAUCGGGAUGUGGGCCCAACUCCCAUGUACCCGCCUACAUACCUGGAGCCUGGGAUAGGGAGGCAUACACCAUAUGGUAACCAAACCGACUAUAGAAUAUUUGAGCUUAACAAACGGCUACAGAACUGGACAGAGGAGUGUGACAAUCUCUGGUGGGACGCUUUCACGACUGAGUUCUUUGAGGAUGAUGCCAUGUUGACCAUCACUUUCUGCCUGGAGGACGGACCAAAGAGAUACACCAUCGGCCGGACCCUGAUCCCACGCUACUUCCGCAGCAUUUUUGAGGGGGGUGCUACAGAGCUGUAUUAUGUACUUAAGCACCCCAAGGAGGCAUUCCACAGCAACUUUGUGUCCCUCGACUGUGACCAGGGCAGCAUGGUGACCCAGCACGGCAAACCCAUGUUCACCCAGGUGUGUGUGGAGGGCCGGUUGUACCUGGAGUUCAUGUUUGACGACAUGAUGCGGAUAAAGACAUGGCACUUCAGUAUCCGGCAGCACCGAGAACUCAUCCCCAGGAGCAUUCUGGCCAUGCACGCCCAGGACCCCCAGAUGCUGGAUCAACUCUCCAAAAACAUUACCCGGUGUGGGCUAUCCAAUUCCACUCUCAACUACCUCCGACUCUGUGUGAUACUCGAGCCCAUGCAGGAACUCAUGUCCCGCCACAAGACCUACAGCCUCAGCCCCCGAGACUGCCUCAAGACCUGCCUUUUCCAGAAGUGGCAGCGCAUGGUAGCACCUCCUGCGGAGCCUGCACGGCAGCAGCCCAGCAAACGGAGGAAACGGAAGAUGUCAGGGGGUAGCACCAUGAGCUCGGGGGGUGGCAACACCAACAACAGCAACAGCAAGAAGAAGAGCCCAGCCAGCACCUUCGCUCUCUCCAGCCAGGUACCUGAUGUGAUGGUGGUGGGGGAGCCCACCCUGAUGGGCGGGGAGUUCGGGGACGAGGACGAGAGGCUCAUCACUCGGCUGGAGAACACCCAGUUUGACGCGGCCAACGGCAUUGACGACGAGGACAGCUUUAACAACUCCCCUGCACUGGGCGCCAACAGCCCCUGGAACAGCAAGCCUCCAUCCAGCCAAGAAAGCAAAUCGGAGAAUCCCACGUCACAGGCCUCCCAGUAAAGGCCCUGCCAUGGCCACCCAGUGCUCUGCCUGCCCCACCCCUCACAGCCCCAGGGAGCAGAAGACAAUAAGAGACUGAGCAUCUGAAAUGGGCAACCUCCAUCCACCCACUUCAGGGAGGAACUGGACUCACUGGGGGCAGGUGCCAAGAUUUGUCCCCCAGUUGCCCUGGGCUGGGCCUGGCCCCUGCAGAGCCUUUUGGGGGAAGGGGGUACUCAUGUGGAUGCCUAUGUGGACCCUGGGCCUCUGAGAAAUGUCCUGACCCACCUCUCCCCAGGGCAUUUGCCCCCAUUCUCACCCCAGGUUCUGGGUGUCCCAGCUUCCUGAUUUAUCCCUCUGAGCCUGGGGUUUAUACCCACAGCCCUUAGGGGCUUAAACUUAAGGGGCUUGGUUGAAUGCCUUUCCCCUAGGCGGCUGUUAACGGGGUAAAAUUCUGGGCUCCUCCCUUUUGCCACUUACCCAGCUCCCAAGUUUUUAAAAAAAAUAAUAUUAUUAAAAAUGUAAAUUAAAAAAAAAAGUCACUCCUGUUCCCCUAUUCCCCUGUUGAAAAUCCAGCUACCUCCCUCCGUCCGGCAGAUGGAGGGCCUAGGGCCCAGGUGGGGUGAGAGUUGGGGCAGGGGAAGUGUGCGUGCCAUUUUAUACAGUUGGAGAAGCUUCAGACCAAGGAGACUCUUUGCCAUCCAUCUCUCUUCUUUCCUUUUGGGGUGACUGGAGUUGGGGGCCGCAUGCCAUCGCUUGGGAAUGGUAUCAUUGAUGACCACAUCUUCUGGCAACCCCCAUGUUGUCUGUCUCCCCAGCCUCCAGGGCUCUAGCCUGGCCUCCUCGUGCCCGUGAGGCCCUCCAGCCUCCCCCUCCGUGGUGUGUAUUUUUACAGUCCUCCACUAGAGCAGCUGUCCUGGAUGGGUGGGGAGGCUCGCUCCUCAGGGAGCCGGGAGGGAAGGGAGCUGCUUUGCUUGUCACUGUCUUUUUGUCUCAGUGUGUCAGGAAUAGGAUGAGAGAGAGGACCUUGCCCACUUUACACCUCUCCCGGCCCCUCAAACCGUGUAUUUAGUCCUAACCUCUCUCUCACAGAGGAAAAAGGAGCCCCGAGACUGUCCUGCGUAAGCCCACCAGGGAGAAGGCCUCUGUCCUCCCCCAAGCUGAGGUAAACAUUCCUGUCCCUGUGUCCCCUCCCUCAAAGAAGAGAGGAGGGGCAGCCAGUAUCCUCAGCUCCCUUUCAUAGUUGAGCAUGUGGUUCAGGGUGAGGAGAGGCCAGACGCAGGGGUCCAUGGCUCAUGGCUCUGCUACCUUUUCCCGUGGCCAGUGUGUAUGGGUGCCUCCUCUCCCCAUUCUCCCUUUUGGAUUAUGGGGUCCCUUGUGCCCUGCUUCCUCCAUGCCAGCCACUUUUGGGAGGAUGCUGUCAGGAGCCAAAGGAAAGGGUGAGGAAGGUGGAUGUCCCAUCCCUACUAAAAUUAUUUUUUUUUCUUCUAUUUUUUCUUUACCUUUUUUUUUUUUUUCUAUUUU